GUUUCAGAUUCAAAAAAUUUACAAAUGUUCAUUUUGCUAUUAUUGCCAGUAUUAUUUUACACCAUAAAUGGAUUUCGAACACAAAGUGCUGGUGUACGGGGAACUUUGAUGUGCGGGGAUUUACCUUUAGUAAAUACAAAAGUGAAAUUAUGGGAUGAAGAUGGAGCGGAUAUAGAUGAUUUGUUACAAGAAGGGACAACAAAUGCCCAGGGAUAUUUUGAACUAAGUGGUAGUACCAGUGAAAUUACCACUAUCGAUCCCGUUCUUAAAAUAUAUCAUGAUUGCGAUGAUGGAAUAAUGGAAGGCUAAAUGAGUUUAAAAAAAACAAAUCUUUCUGAUCCCUUGCCAACGAAAAGUAGCAUUCGAGAUACCAUCUUCAUAUGUGAACAAUGGUGAACGAGUGUUAAAAUUUUUCGAUAUUGGUACUAUCAAUAUGCAAAUUAUUUUCGAGAAAGAAUCUCGAGAUUGUAUAAAUCGUUGAUAAUUAAUGAUAAAUUCAUUCGUCUUUUGUUCUAAAAUUACUUUAGUUGUUAUUUAAAAGGUAUUUUAUUUCAAAAUAAAAGGAA